GUUCCACUUCCGGUUCAGCAGCGGGUCCGGAGUACGGACUAGGGGGAGGGCGUGUUCAUGGAACUUGGAGACCUGCUACGGUUUUCUCACUGCGGGCGAACCGUGUUCACGGUGGCUGACGCGGCUCCGGCGCCAGCCGGCCUUUUGCGUUGCCCAGAGUGCGGCCUGGCGCCGAGCUUCUCCCUCGCGGAGGCACCGGUGCGAGUCCGCGCGCCCGUCGUGGACGGACACCGCACCAGCUGCUGCUUCCUGGUUACGUCAUGGCACGGCUUGGACGGCCUCAGUGAAGAAACAGACUGUGAGCUUCAUGUGGGCAUCUCCAACUCUCAAGGUGUGGUGUUGAGUUACACAGAGUCAGGUGUUCAGCGUGACCAGAACGGCUGGGAACAGAGCAUUGUCGUACAUCUGGUCUCCCCCGGAAACUGCAUCCCCAACUGGGACACGCAACUGGACCACUUUGCCGCUAUGGACAUGUGGACCGCGGACAGGUUUGAGGAGCAGAGGGAGUUUGGCUCCUGUUGCUAUGGUUUCGCUCUGGGCUUCAUCAACCAGCUGAUGAUGUCACAGGGCAGACAGCCAAUCACUAGGGAGCAUUUCACUUCCCACCUCGUCCUCCCCCGGGUGGAGGCGGCCACCAAGUAUCUGGCGGUAUUUCGUCACGUCUGUCGUCACGGAUACUGGAUGGCUUGAGCCUACAAAAAGCUUGCUUCUCCCGGGGUCCCUGAACUCAGCGCGCUCUGCAAGUGUGUUGCCAUGGGCGACUCAAAACACACCGCUGUGGUAAUUUGACGCUUGAGUGCGCGUCACUCGGUUGCCACUUUCAGACACCUGACACAUGAAAUGUGACAACACACCUGGAAGCGGUCUGUGGCAUCACAUACACACAUUUUCUCAUACAUUCUGAGACAUGAGCGCACACACACACACACACAUUGUCCAUCCAAAUGACCAGGAAGUGAUGUCAUCAGUCAGUUGUGUGAUGCACAAUAAAAAUAGGACACGUCUCUGA